UCUGACUGCACUUUGUCUUUCUUUCUCUUUCUGUCAUCAUGUCUUUAUUCCCCUCUCCUCUGUCCCUUGUGCUCUUUCUUCUUUCUCUCUCACUUCCCGUCCCUCCCUCUCUGUCCCUGCACAGUGCAGGUGGACGGCUCCCUGCCGUGCGGAGGGUGGGACUGUGAGUGUGCAUUUAACCGGCAGAGUGGGUGCUGCUGUGCUGCACAGGACUUCUAUCGUCUGGAGGAGCGUGUCUUCACACGCAUGAUGGGCCAAUGGCAAGCACUAAAGCAGCUGAACGACCAGAUCGAGGCAGUUGCAGGGGGCAGGCAGGUGGCGUUCACGGCAACCAUGAGCCCCAUGACCAAGUGUUUCGGUCCUUUCACAAGCAAUGUCCCAAUCCCCUACAAGGAUAUCUCUCUUAACUCUGCCAGUGGAUACAACGCUGCUCUUGGCCUUUUCACGGCCCCACGUGAUGGGCUGUACUCCUUCUCGCUCACGGUGUACUCCAACGUGGGCUCGUCGGGCAACCGGCUGUACCACCGCGUGAUGCUGGUGAAGGAUGGGCGCCCGGUGGCAUCGGUGUGGGAGGACAACCGCGACGACGCAGAGGACAGCGCCUCACACACCGUGCUGCUCACACUCACACGGGGCAGCCAGGUGUUCGCGGUGCUGCAGUCAGGCCGAGAGCUGUGCGGCGACACGCAGGGACACAAUAUGUUCAGCGGCUACCUGCUGUACCCAAGCGAGGAGUGAGGAGGAGAAAUGCGCACACACACAAACAUAAAUAAACACGUGCACGCAUAUACACACACACGUAUGAGAAGACACACACACGUAUGAGAAGACACACACACACACACACAUACACACAACCAGAGCCUAGGUCACAUGCAUACACACACAACAUCAACUAGUGAUGACUACUGACUUUGUUAGAGGAAUGUUUAACACACAAUUAUACACAUACACACUCCC